AUGGAUAAGGUCUUAACGUGCGUGGCGCCCGUCAACAUAGCUGUUAUAAAAUACUGGGGCAAAAGAGACGAACAUUUGAUAUUGCCUUUGAACGAUUCAGUUAGUUUGACAUUGGACUGCGAUCAGAUGCACACCAAAACAUCUGUUAUUACAGGACCAUCGAUAGAUGAAGAUAGUGUUUGGCUGAAUGGGCAGAUUAUGUCCAUUGAAAGAAAUGAACGUCUGAAAAAGUGCUUUGAUAUAAUAAGAAAUUUAAUUAAAUUACGAAAAGGCGAAAAUAGUGAAGAGGAAAAGUGGAAAAUAAGGGUGUGUUCUGAAAAUAAUUUCCCUACUGCAGCAGGAUUAGCUUCAUCAGCAGCUGGUUAUGCAUGUCUUGUUUACACAUUAGCUAAUGUUUUUGGCUUGGUUAAUGAAGAUUUACCAUCUAUAGCAAGACAAGGUAGUGGAAGUGCCUGUAGGAGCAUUUAUGGAGGGUUUGUUCAGUGGAAAGCUGGUGUUGAUCACCAGGGUGAUGAUUCAACUGCAGUUCAAAUUGCUGCUGACACACAUUGGCCGGAAAUGAGAAUUAUUAUACUAGUGGUAAACGAUUCUCAAAAAAAAACUAGUAGUACUGUGGGAAUGAAACAAGCAGUACAAACUAGUGAACUACUUAAGUACAGAAUUCUUAAGUGUGUGCCCGAAAGAACAAAAGAAAUCAUUCAAGCCAUAAAGGAUAAACAAUUUGAAAAAUUUGCCGAAAUUACAAUGCGAGACAGUAACCAAUUUCAUGCUGUUUGUUUAGAUACAUAUCCUCCUUGUGUUUAUUUAAAUCAAGUAUCACAUGAAAUAAUAUCUUUUGUUCAUGAUUACAAUGAAGCUAUUGGUCAAAUUAAAGUUGCCUAUACAUUUGAUGCUGGUCCAAAUGCUUUUUUAUUUAUUCAGGAAAAUGACCUGAGUUUGUUUAUGUCGGAAUUGGUUAAUGUAUUCCCAACUGAGCAACCUAAUUCUUCAUAUUUAAGAGGAAUCGUAUCAACAUUGCCUAAUAAUAUAAAACCAUAUGGUUUUAAAUCCAAAGAUAAGAAUCUUUUAAAGUACAUCAUGGUCACUAAAUUAGGAAGUGGUCCGAAAUGUGUUGAUGGCCAUUUAUUAAACAGUGAUGGUACUUUGAAAUCAAAAAUUGAAUCAAUCGAUUGA